GUUGGGCAUGUCAAGAGAGGAAUCUGUGAAACUCACUUCUGGACCAAACAAUGAUGGAGCUGAAAGUAGUUCUUCAUGUGGAACCUCUGGCCUACCUGGUUCUUCUGCACAGACUGUCCUGGAAGAACAACAGCCAAAAAGCAUGAAAAGUCCAGCUUCUCCAGAGCCUGAUUUUUGUGCUACUCUUUGUCCUAUGGUAGAGGUCCCAGCUAAGGAUGUAAUGGCAGAAUCAGAGUCAGAGGAUAUCUUGAUCCCUGAAGAAUCUGUGAUUCAGGAAGAAAUUGCAGAAGAGGUAGAAACUAGUAUUUGUGAAUGCCAGGAUGAAAAUCAUAAGACAAUACCCGAAUUUUCUGAGGAGUCUGAAAGCCCAGCCAACUCUCAUGAAGAACCCCAAAUAGCACCUCCUGAAGAUAACUUGGAAUCCUGUGUUAUGAUGAAUGAUGUUUUAGAAACUUUGCCGCAUAUCGAAGUUAAGAUAGAAGAGAAAUCAGAACCUCCCCAGGAAGAAAUGUCAGUUGUUAUUGAUCAGUUAGAAGUCUGUGACUCUCUUCUUCCUUCCACUCCGUCUGUGACUCAUGUCAGUGACACAGAACAUAAGGAGCCAGAAACUGCAAUAGAUAACAAUACUGCAAAAAUAAAAACAGGGUCAUCUUCUCUAGAAGCCCAGUUUCCAAAUGAAGGAAUUUCUGUAGAUAUGGAGCUACAGAGCGAUCCUGAUGAACAGCUUUCUGAAAAUGCUUGCAUCUCUGAAACUUCUUUCUCUUCAGAGAGCCCAGAAGGAGCCUGUACCAGCCUGCCAUCCCCAGGAGGGGAAACCCAGUCCACGUCAGAAGAAUCAUGUGCUCCAGCCUCGCUUGAGACAACGUUUUGUUCUGAGGUGUCCAGCACUGAAAAUACAGACAAAUAUAAUCAGAGAAACCCAACUGAUGAAAACCUUCAUACGUCUCUGAUGUCAGACAUAUCUCCAAUAUCCACUUCACCUGAAAUAUCUGAAGCAUCUCUUAUGUCCAACUUACCAUUAACAUCUGAAGCAUCGCCAGUAUCCAACUUACCUUUGACAUCAGAAACAUCACCGAUGUCGGAUUUACCUUUGACAUCAGAAACUUCUUCAGUGUCUUCCAUACUUCUCACAUCUGAGACCACUUUUGUGUCCAAUUUGCCACUUCCUUCACAAACAUCUCCAAUUUCUAAUUCUUCCAUAAAUGAAAGAAUGCACCAACAAAGAAAGUCACCUUCCAUAUCUGAAGAACCACUCUCUCCACAGAAGGAUGAGCCUUCUGCCCCUGCAAAACCCCUGGGAGAGAACCUUACCUCCCAGCAGAAGAUUCUAUCCAGUGCUCCUGAACCAAUCAACACGAGUUCUUCUUCCAUUGCUCCCGAAGCCUUUCCAUCGGAAGAAUUGCAUAGUAAGACCCUGAGUCAGCAGCCUUGUAAAUCACAUGUUGAAAUGGAGAAGCCCUAUCCUGCUUCUAUUCCAGAACUCCCUUCUACUGAAAUGAUAAAAAUUAAAAAUCACAGCGUCCUGCAAAGGACAGAAAAGAAAGGAAUAUCCUCACCAUUAGAAUUAUCUGUCUUCUCUGAAGAGACAGAGAGUAGAGGAAAUGAGCUUCCAUCAGCUAAAUUACAGGACAAACAGUAUGUCUCAUCAGUAGAUAAGGCUUCAUUUUCAGAAGGCUCUAGAAAUAAAACACACAAGCAAGGGAUCACACAGAAUUGGUUGGAGACCUCACAUACUUCCAAGUUUUCAGAGCCCUCCAGGUCACCUGAUGGGAUAAGAAAUGAAAACAGAGAUUCAGAGAUAUCAAAGAGGAAAACUGCAGAGCAGCACAGUUUUGGAAUCUGUAAGGAAAAGAGAGCAAGGAUAGAAGAUGAUCAGUCAAUCCGGAACAUAUCAUCUAGCAGCUCACCUGAGAAAGAGCAGCCUCCAAGAGAGGAACCCAGAGUCCCCCCUCUCAAGAUCCAGCUUUCCAAAAUUGGGCCACCUUUCAUUAUCAAGAGCCAACCAGUGUCCAAACCAGAGUCUCGAGCAUCCACUAGCACAUCCGUCAGUGGGGGGAGGAAUACAGGAGCCAGGACCCUCGCAGAUAUCAAGGCCCGUGCCCAACAAGCCCGGGCCCAGCGGGAGGCUGCUGCAGCUGCUGCUGUAGCCGCUGCAGCAAGCAUCGUCUCUGGAGCCAUGGGGAGCCCAGGAGAGGGUGGAAAGGUGAGAACUCUAGCACACAUUAAAGAGCAGACAAAGGCUAAGCUCUUCGCAAAGCAUCAAGCCCGAGCCCACCUCUUCCAGACCUCAAAGGAGACCCGGUUGCCUCCACUCAGCUCAAAGGAAGGGCUUCCAAACUUAGAAGUCUCCUCUACCCCUGAAACAAAAAUGGAAGGUUCAACUGGUGUCAUUAUAGUCAAUCCAAACUGCAGAUCUCCUAGCAACAAGUCUGUGCACCUCCGGGAGACCACCACUGUAUUACAGCAGUCUCUUAACCCCACUAAACUUCCAGAAACUGCCACUGACUUAUCUGUGCAUAGUUCUGAUGAAAACAUAGCAGUGUCACAUUUAUCUGAGAAAAUUGUUUCAUCUACCUCUUCUGAAAAUAGCAGUGUGCCCAUGCUUUUUAAUAAAAAUUCUGUCCCUGUGUCUGUUUGCAGCACUGCUAUAUCAGGAGCAAUUAAAGAACAUCCCUUUGUGAGUUCUGUUGAUAAAUCCUCUGUUCUAAUGUCUGUUGACAGUGCAAACACUACAACUUCUGCUUGUGAUAUAAGCAUGUUAAAAACUAUCCAGGGAACUGACACUCCGUGCAUAGCCAUUAUACCAAAAUGUAUUGAAAGCACUGCUCUUCCGGCCACUACAGAGGGCUCUGGCAUAUUUCCGGGAGACCACCACUCCCCUCCUCCUCCCCCACCACCUUUGGCUUUGCCUCCCCCUCCUCCCCCACCACCUCCACUACCUCCACCUCUCCCUGCUGCAGAAGUCCCAUCCGAUCAAAAACAACCGCCAGUUACCAUGGAAACCACUAAGAGACUUAGUUGGCCGCAGUCCACGAGCAUAUGUAGCAAUAUAAAAUCAGAACCUCUUUCUUUUGAGGAAGGUUUAAGCAGCAGCUGUGAACUGGGCAUGAAACAAGUUUCCUAUGACCAGAAUGAAAUGAAAGAACAGUUAAAAGCAUUUGCGCUAAAAAAUGCAGAUUUCUCUUCCUAUUUGCUCUCUGAGCCACAAAAGCCUUUUACCCAAUUAGCUGCUCAGAAAAUGCAGGUGCAGCAACAACCACAGCUCUGUGGAAAUUAUCCAACAAUACACUUUGGUAGCACGAGCUUCAAAAGGGCAGCAUCUGCAAUUGAAAAGUCCAUUGGGAUUUUGGGAAAUGGCUCCAGUCCUGCCACGGGUCUGCCUAGUCAGAACGCUCAGAUGCCUGUUCAGAACUUUGCCGACAGCAGCAAUGCAGAUGAAUUGGAACUCAAAUGCUCUUGCCGGCUGAAAGCCAUGAUUGUGUGCAAAGGCUGUGGGGCCUUCUGCCAUGAUGACUGCAUAGGUCCUUCCAAACUCUGUGUAGCUUGCCUGGUUGUACGAUAAGACCUGAUUGAAAGAUGCAGUAUCCCUUUUCGACACAGAAAAGCCACACAGCAUCGGCAACAACAAAUUGAGUAACACGGUGAUUUAUAUCAUGCUAAUUUAUUUGGCUUUGGAGCAAAUUAUCUUUCUCUGUGGGAUUAUUAUUUUCUUCCAUUUCUCGUAAAGGGGAAGAUGCACCCCAACCGAAUGGCUCAGCAGCAUAGCUUUGACAUAUUUAGUCUCCGUUCCAAGCUUUGGAAAGUUUCUGUUCAUGUGUAGACAAGUUGCUGGUGCAUUUUUUUUUAACCUGGGUGUAGAUAGGCAAAUGACAUUUUUAAUUAAUAACCAGAAAUGCAGAUGUGGAAAGAGAAUGGUCAAAGUAAUUUCAGGUGGUUAUGCAUUUUUCUGUGGAUUAGCCACUGCAGCAAGGGUUUUCACAGUUGACUUUUCUGGACCUACUUUUACUAUGAUGAUUAGAUCAUAUUUGGAAAGGGGAAUCUGAUUUAAAUAUGUGAUUCCUUGUGUUUACUCAUAUCACAAAAGAUACAUUACAGGAAGUAUGCCAUUAAUGAAAUCCACUGUCAUUAUUAUUCAUUCUCUUUGCUCUGUUUCUUUGAGACUGUACCAGAGUAUCUAGUUCUGCCUUGGAUUUUGGACAUAUAUUGUAGUGAAAUGUGUCCUACACCUGAAAUUGCAGCAUGUACCUCAUACCCAGUAAUCUGGUUAUAGGUCUUUGACACCUGAUGAUAUAAGAUGAAUUGGCCAACAAAAGGCCAUAGGCCCAGAGCAUUUUGGAGCUUCAUGUGUGGCUUUUAAGAGCAAGUAUGAAAAAAAUGCCCUAAAGUUAAAAGCAAACCAAUAAAAUGCUGUAUAUGCACACAUAAAUGGGUUGAUGAUGUAAAUAUUACUCCAUCCUAUUCACUGUAAUACAAUUAUUAGUUAUUAAAAUAUGGAGGAAAAUCAUUUUAGCCCUUUAUUAUUGAUGCCACUAGUACAUUCUGGCUUCUGACUUUACAAAGAUUGGCCACCACUUUUUAAACAUGUAAUCUAUGAUAAAAGGGACUACAGGAGGCUGGCGUGUUGACAUUUUUCAGAACAAUUUUUUUUCUCAUGAUUUAUAAUCUGUAAUUAUAUUUGACUCUGAAAUAACCCCUUCUUAAAAAACUGUUCUAGGUAUUGCAUGUUUUGGUUUUUUCCCUCAGGUGAAUUCAGUAAUUCUUCAUAUUUGGGGGUGUGGAGCUGCUUUUGAAAAAGGGAUACUGCAUCUUACUGUUAUUUUCCACGUUUAGCCAGUAAAGUCCGAGUGCUGAGUAUUUGAGCUACAUUCCAUAUGCUUUGGCCACCUUCAUGCGGAGAGCAGCUGUAGUUAAGGAGGUCCUGUUCCCAAAAGCAAGUUCAAAAGCACAUGCACAUGUGGGAAGAUGAAAGAAAACAAAAACCACGCCCAUUUAACCUCAGAUUACAGAGCACAAAAUAUUGAGUGCCAUUAACCCAUUGAUUGUG